CACACCAGCGAAAGGGUUUAUCCACAUUCCUUAAAUCCUAAUCCAAAACCCCCCAAAUGAUACUCCGUCGCUCCGCCACAACAAUGCUUCCUCUCUACAAACUCUCCGCGUCUCCGCCCAAGCUCCUCUCCCAAUACCGGAACUCCUUCUCUCUUCAUUCCAAUUCUUCGUCUUCGUUUCGGAUCAGCUUGCUCUUGCUCAGCCACCCCCGCCGGUUCGGAACCGCCACCACUGCCGCGUACCGGAAGGAGGGAGGAGAUACAUUUUUCACUGAAGAAAGCAUUUCGUGGACGUCCCUCGGCGUGUCCGAUAAGGUUUCCCAAGCUCUCUACAACGCCGGCCUCGGCCAACCGUCUCUGGUUCAGGCUGCUAGCAUACCGUCUGUACUUUCAGGGAAGGAUGUUGUUGUUGCAGCUGAAACUGGUAGUGGUAAAACGCACAGCUUCCUUGUCCCCCUAAUUGAUAAGCUGUGUAAUGAGCACCACGAAUUUGCGAAUGUUGCUUCUUCUGAUCAAGGAAUGUCCCAACCCCGUCAGGUUUCUCUUGUUCUUUGUCCAAAUGUGACACUUGCCGACCAAGUGGUUCGGAUGGCCAACGGUCUUUGUGGUGAAAAUGGUGAACCACUUCUGAGUGUUGUAUCUCUCUGUGGGAGACAGGGAUGGCCAGUUGGUGAACCUGAUAUUAUUGUUUCGACACCAGCCGCUCUUCUGAAUAAUAUUGACCCAAAAAAUUUCCGUCGUAUGGAUUUUAUAAGGAGUGUAAAAUAUGUGGUAUUUGAUGAAGCGGAUAUGCUCCUCUCUGGGGGUUACCAGAAUAAGGUUAUCCGUCUCAUACACAUGCUCCGGUUUGAUGAAAAGCUAUUGUCACGGAUAAGUGAAGAGAAUCUAUCAGAACCCAAUUCAUCGCACUUUGAAGAUGAAGACGACCUUCAGACUGAAGACAUAUUUGAAGAAGAGGGAGAUUCUGAGGGAGAUUCCGAGGAAGAUGGUAGCGUACAUGAGGAGGUUGAGGCUGGGCGUGUAAAAAGUUCAGACUGGAGGAGAGUGAGAAAAGUUUAUAAGAGCAGUAAACAGUACAUUUUUGUUGCCGCUACUCUUCCAGCAAAUGGAAAGAGAACUGCCGGGGCAGUGUUGAAGAAGAUGUUUCCAGAGGCCGAUUGGGUUAGUGGAAACUACCUCCAUUGCCACAACCCCAGGUUAAAGCAAAGGUGGAUUGAAGUUAUGAUUGAGACGAGAUCAGCUUCUGGUCAGUGCCGAACAAUGGUGUUUGCAAAUACUGUUGAGGCUGUGGAAUCGGUAGCAAAGAUAUUGAAGAGAGCUGGAAUUGAAUGUUACCAAUACCAUAAAGAUUGCUCCUUGGAAGACCGUGCAAAGACAUUGGUUGAUUUUCAAGAGAAAGGUGGUAUUUUCGUAUGCACUGAUUCUGCCGCACGUGGCGUUGACAUUCCAAAUGUAUCACACGUUAUCCAGGCGGAUUUUGCUACUUCUGCCGUGGACUUUAUACACAGGGUUGGUCGCACAGCCAGAGCUGGUCAGUAUGGACUUGUGACUAGCAUGUAUACAGAAUCUAACCGUGACCUGGUUGCUGCAGUUCGUCGGGCAGGGGAACUUGAUCUGCCUGUGGAGACAGCAUUUAGCAGGAAAAGAAGCUUCCGAAAUAAGCUCAAGAAAAAAGCUGCUUUGCGAAGAAUCAAGGAUUCAUCAGCUAAUGAGGAGAGCGUUCUCACUUAAGACCGGCAAGGUUAGUAGAAUAGAACUUGCAUCUUAAAUAACUUCAUUAUGAUUUGAGUACAUAUUUGUUAUGAUAUAAGGGAUGGGACUGAUUAUCAUUUUUAUACUUGUAGUAUGUCUGCCGAAAAAUCACACUCGUAGUCAUAGAUGUUGAUGAGGAUGUUAUAGCAUAAGAAAGCUAGGUUGCCACGAAACUGAUGUAAAAAGAAGCACACGCAAUUCAUAUUCAUAGAUUUUAAACUUUUUACAACAA